AUGAAUUGGUUGGUUGAUUGGGGAGUAUCUUGUUCCCAAGGUGGAUGCAAGGAAAAUCAAGACGGUUGGUUUGUGUCGAUACCAACACAGAAAAAGUCUGAUAAGAAAGAAAACCAGAAGAAGAAACUGAUUAACAAUGCAAACGAUUAUUGCCAUAAAGAUGAAAAGUUGGAUAAACUUGGAUUUUCCAAAGGAGUUUGGAAUUUUGACCCAAUUCAACCUAAUUUAGCAAAUGCUGGAACUUUUAAUCCUCAGGGAAUGAAUGACUUUAAAAAUGAUACAAAAUGUUUGAAUGAUAUGAUAAACAAGGCAUUUCCUCCUGUAUUUCCUUUAUUUAACUUACCACCAUUACCUCCAAAGAGAAACGGUCCUGGAUGGGCUUCUCACUCAACAGGAAGCAAAUUGGAAGGCUUGGACAAGUCUUGUUUUUUUGGCCUUUUAGACGGGCAUGGGCAUUAUGGAAAAACGGCAUCUCAUAUAGCUGCUUAUUGUAUAUCUCAAACUUUGAGCAAGGAAGUGCCAGAUAUUCCCAAUAGCUUUGCUAUCAGUGAAUAUAUUGAGCAAGUUCUUGGCAUUUUGAACAGGGGGUUUUCUUAUGCUCAUGACAGUGUUAUUAGUGCAAAUAUUGCAAGCAAGAAAGAUUUUGGAACCACUUGCAUUGUAGUUGGAAUCAUUGGCGAAUAUCUAGUGACUGCCAACUGUGGAGACUCAUCAGCAAUUUGUAUUAUUCCCAAUUUAGACAGAAACGUCGACUGUAGGUUGAAAUUGGGCGAGAAAUAUGAUGCUUUUAAUUCUAACCAUCUUUGUUUUGGAGAUAUUGGAGAUAAUAGUAAUAUUGGCAAUGUUCAUAAUGGCAACGUUCAUGAGAGUAAUAAUAAUAAUAAUAAUAAUAAUAAUAGUAGUAGUAGUAGUAGUAGUAGUAGCAACAAUGACAGCAACAAUACCAGUCAUUUCGAAGAAUCCAAUUAUGAAACUUCCAAAAUUUCACUUCCAGAUCUUCCAGUUCCUUUAUCUAACGGUAAAUUAUCCAAUAAAUUGGUCUCCAGCUUUCAUGGGAUAUAUUACCUUUCAAACCCCCACUGUUUAAACAGAAAAAGUGAAAGACAAAGAGUAGACCAAAGUGGAGUAGGGAAAGUUGUUUUGGGUGACUACGGCAUGCUCAGACUGAUUCCCUCUUAUCUUUCAUAUUCACAGGCCAGAGAUUUAGGAUUGAGCAUUUCUAUGAGUAGAUCCCUUGGCCAUAUGCAUCUUUCCAGAUGUGCCUUGUUGCCAACCCCUGACUACCGAAUUCUGAAUUUAGGAUCCGAUCCUCCGAGAAAAGAGUGCAUUAAGUCCAUUAGGCAAAGUUUGGAUAAACAAAAGAACAAGGUUGAAGAUGAAAAGAUGGCAUGUUUUUCUGAGGCUCUCAUUGAGCAAAGCGUUAUUGCUAUUGGGUGGGGAAGCAGAUCCAACAUUUCUCAAUACAAGAAUCAUAUUGAGAAUAUUGAAUUAGACUGGAGUACUGACGAUGAGAGUUUUUCAAAACAUCUAGUUGCCAAAGCAAAGGGUAAACCAUGGCAGGACUCCUACGUUGUAAUUAUGUCAGAUGGAGUUAGUGAUAUAUUGGAUGCUUUCACUAUUGCUGACAUUAUUGUCCAUUCCCAAGAUAAAAGCAUGCAAGAAGUCGCCGGUUUGCUUACUAAUGAAGCUGAGAAGAAGCGGAGAAUUAAUAAUAUUCGGGCUGAUAACUGCACAGUCAUUGUUGUCCGACUUAGAAACAAAUUUUAUAACAAAUCUGAAGAUGAUUGCAAUUCUGUUUUGGAAUCUCCCACUAAAUCAUGCGUUAAUUUAAAUCAAAACAGUGGCAUUUACCUUGAGAAAUCUUUUCUCAGGAGUCAAAAUAAUAGUACCAAUACCAUAAAUAAUGUCUCUAACUCACUUACGACUGUGAAUUCGGAUUCUUCAAAUCUCAAUAAUCACAACUCUGGCAAUUUAUUGAGUAGUCCCAACAAAAUUAAUAUUUGCAAAUCUUCUGAAACUCCAAUUCGUAACUUCAAGCCUAAUCAAAUGUACUUUCACAGAACGGUAACACCUAUCCAAAGGAGAAGAAAAAUUGCCACUCCCUCUCCUGCAAGAGCAAGGACUUGCAAAAUUAGAGAGGUACCCAAUAUUUUUAUUAAAAACCACAAUUAA